UUUCGUCAUGUGGUCUAAGCUGGUGCAUGUUUAUGUUGUGAACAUAUGAAUAGGCACAGAUUCCUGCACAGAGCCGAUGAUCUCACACAUCCCGGAAAGGAGUACACUUAAAUGCUAGUCUACUGUUAAUGAGUUCUUUUCUGCAGUCAUUUAAAGAGGACAUCACUGAGGGACUUCACGUAUUCACUGGUAUCAUCAUGAACAAAACAUCAAUACAACACACAUACCUAAUUUGGGAAAACCAUACAUAUAACACAACAACAGAACAGUAUCUUUUCCAUACCCACAACUCGGAGGUUGACGAAAACAUGGCCGUAAUCCUUAUGCCCGUGGUAGUAUAUGUUUCUCUUUUGAUGGUUCUUGGUAUCAUUGGCAAUAUGAUUGUGUGUUACAUAUAUUUCUUCCGAUGGAAACGAAAGACUGUAAAAUAUUUCAUUGGAUCUUUGGCUGCGUACGAUUUAAUUACCAGCAUCAUAUGUAUGCCAAUCGAAGUAGCCAUGCUUCGUAAUCCAAUUACUCUGAACGACCCACAUCUUUGUAGAUUUCUACGAUUCACGCGCUCUAUGACGUCACUUGGAGCAGGGUUUAUGUUAGUGGUUAUUGCCGCAGACCGAUAUCUGAGAAUCUGUCAGUUGGCAAAAAGUCAAAUUCAAGUCGCACUUGCUAAAAAGUUAUGUUUUUCAACAAUGAUAACAGCUGUGCUAUUUUCUUGGCCGUGUUUGUUAAUAUUUGGCCAGAUUGAAAGAAGUACGUCUCCAAUCGCAGAAACAUCUUGCUCAAUCGACAUGGAGUAUAUCGAUACACUUUAUCCAACAGCAUAUUAUGGGCUAGUGUCUGUGCUAUUUUUGUUCAUUUCAUUGUGUCUGAUGACUUUCUACUCAAUGAUCAUGGGAAGACUGUGUAAAAGACCCCUAACAUCACGAUUAAGAACCAUUUUGUCUGUGAAUGAAGCUUGUAGUAACAAUACAUCAACCUCGCCAGAAGGACUGAAUGAAGAAUCGUCCAAACUCAACACUGCAUCACCGACAAAUCCAGAAAAUUGCAAACACACUGCAUCUUCAAAAAUAGGUUUGAUGCUACGUAGAAAAUCAUCUUUAUUCGAAGGGAGAAUUUUCUCAGUUUCUCCAGCAAAAAGACAGUCAACGGCGAAUUUUCGAAUGACAAGAACAACUUUAACUCUGCUUUUAAUAACCCUCAUUCAGUGGGUCAGUUUUCUGCCUUAUUUUGGACUCCUUUUUACCAAAUCUUUUAACAAAGACUUUCUCCGCAACAUGACAAGAGAUGAUCAAACACUCUAUAACAUUGGGAUUCUUUCUCACUUUCUUAGUAGUGGAGUCAAUCCUUAUAUGUAUGGCUUUUUCAGUGGAGACUUUCGUAAAGAAUGUAAAAAGGCAUUAAUUGCAAUGAAAAAAUCGUUAAAGUAGUUUCUUUAACAUUUCAUUUUCAUUUACGUGAUUUGAACUGGCUAGUAACGCAAGUCAUCGAAUUUUUUUCCAUUUUGAUAACCACUUUAAAAACCGGUGAUAUUUUGUUGAACUAGUAGAUUACAUCGUGUAUAUUAAUUUGCGUAUGAACAAGCACGUAAAAUGUUUUCAUUUCAAAAUGAAAUAUAAGGAUAUUGAAUGACUAUUUUGAAAAUGUUUCAUGAUGUGUAUUAAAUUCAAACUCUAGUUCAGAGUUAUUAGCAUUUUGUUUAGUAAUAAACAGGUCGUGUUUGAUA